AUGUUCCACCAGCAGCCCUUCGUGGAGCCUCAAAAGGCGACUGGCAGAGCGGCACUGUCGGAGAGCCAAUGGGACGAGUAUAAGCAGAGCUUUGACUUCCCGCGUGCUUCCAGCGCAGACGAGUUCGAGGUGGGCCGGACGGUGACGGUGCACGGCUUCCUAGGGCGGCGGCGGGACAUUUCGGCGCGGGCGAGCUUUGUGGACGUGGUGCGUCCGGGCGAGCCACAGCCGAUCCAGCUGCACUCGACGUGGGAGGCGGAGGGCAACAGCGGCGCCGAGACGACGCACGCGCAGCUGCGUGCAGUGCCGCCGUACAGCGCGGUCUGGGCGACGGGCACGGUGGUGUCUGUGCCCGACAGCCAGGGCAAGGCUGGCGAGAAGGUGCUGGUGCGGCUCGCGGCCAUACAAGUGCUCAGCCGCUUUCCGCGCGACAUUGUGGUGUCCAAGGGCGCCGUCUUUCCAGCAACGGCACGCCACCUGCAGAUGCGCUUCUCGGCGGCGCUACAGCGGCGACUGGCCUUCCGCAGCGACGUGGCCGACCGGCUGCGACAGCUGCUGACGGGUGCGGGCUUCCGCGAGUUCGAGACGCCGCUGCUGUUCAAGUCGACGCCUGAGGGCGCGCGCGAGUUCGUGGUGCCGACACGGCGUCGCGGCUGGGCCUAUGCCCUGCCCCAGAGCCCGCAGCAGUUCAAGCAGAUGCUCAUGGCCUCGGGCGUGGCCGCGUCCUACUUUCAGUUCGCCCGCUGCUUCCGCGACGAGGAUCUCCGUGCCGAUCGUCAGCCCGAGUUCACCCAGCUCGAUCUCGAGAUGGCCUUUGCCACGGGCGAACACGUCAUGCAGACCGUCGAGCAGCUCGUCCGCGACCUCUACUGCCACAUCCAGCAGACGUACGUGUUGGCGCCCGCUGGCAUCGGCAGCGCGGACGAGAGUGGCCUCGUGCCCACGCCGCAUUCCGAGGCCCCUACAUCCGGUGACGCCGUUCCCUACGCGACCCUGCCGGACGAACCGUUUCGGCGCAUCUCGUACUACGAGGCCAUGGCCAAGUACGGGUCGGACAAGCCGGACCUGCGGAUACCAGGAGAGAUCCACCAAAUCGACCACUUUCUGCCAAAGACCUUUACCAGCAUGAUUUCUGACCUGGCCGACCCUGUCGUCGAGGCCGUGCGGCUGCGUCUGGACGGCAGCCCGCGCGCGAACCGCGACUUUGUGCGCCGACUAUUUGACAGCCUGCCGCCGACCCUGGGCCAGAACCCGGACGGCCAGCCGGCCGUGCUGCUGUUUGAUGCGAGCCAGCCACUGAGCGGGCUAGCCGCGCUAGGUCAUGAGGCCGCGGCGACGCUAGGGGUCGAACUGGGCGGUCUGGAGGACGGGGACGUGGUCCUGCUGCAGGCACGCCGACGCGAGCCUUUUAGCGGUGGCUCGACCGCGCUGGGCCAGCUGCGCCUCGAGGCGUGGCGGGCGGCCGUGGCGGGCGGUCUGCUUGAGCCGGAUCACCGCUUCUGCUUCGCCUGGGUCGUCGGCUUCCCCAUGUUUACGCGCGACGUCGACACGGCCUCGGAGCCGGGCCAAGGCGGCCAUGCCGGCUUCUCGGCCACGCAUCAUCCGUUCACGGCGCCGCUCACGACGGCCGACCUCGAUCUGCUCGCUACCGAUCCGCUUCGAGCCCGCGCUGACCACUACGACCUCGUCGUCAACGGCGUCGAACUCGGCGGUGGCAGCCGUCGCAUCCACGUCGCUGCCGUCCAGGAACUCGUUUUGCGCCACGUCCUCCAGAUGGACGACGCCGGCGUCGCCCAGUUCGCUCACCUGCUCGCCGCCCUGCGCGCUGGUUGCCCCCCCCAUGCUGGAAUGGCCCUCGGCUUCGAUCGCCUCGUCGCCCUGCUCGCCGGCACGCCGUCCGUCCGCGACGUCAUCGCCUUCCCAAAGAGUAUGAAGGGCGAGGACCUCGCCGUGCGCAGCCCCACCCGACUGACUGCUGCCCAGCUCGAGACGUACCAUCUGGCGGUGCGGCCGGCCGCAGACAAGGGAAAGGACGCAGAAAAGGGUGCAGAAUAG